AUGUCGCAUCCUGCUUCAUCUAGAUCAUCUAUAUCCUCCUCACCAGCCGAAAGCGAGAGCACCACCCUUUUACCUCCUUCUACAGCUACUCAUGCCCACUCUAAUCCUCACCCUCAUCCUCACACGCCGACACAUGGACAUGUCAGGAAGUCCUCAAUUAGCGCUAGGAGCGUAAGUGGACGCAGCGUAGCUGGGAGUGUAAGGAAUUACGGUGCUGUAUCAGGUAGACCUGGUCCUUCAGAACAAGUUCCAAGAGUCAGUAAACUUGGACAAAGGAGAAUCCUGACCACUUUUCCACUUCAAGCGACGUUCUUCAUCCUUACUUUACUCACUUUUGCCGCUUUGGUUUUAUCUUUGAUAUUACUCUUAAACACCGUUUUCGACUUCAGCGUCAAAUUCCUGCCUUACAGAGGAAGUGGUUUCACUGAAUUCUGGGUUUCACUUAUCGGAGCUUGGAUAGGAUUAGGAGGAGUUUUGUUUUUCUCACAUCCAUCAUAUUUAUUCUUCUUAACUACGCUCAUAACGUUCUUACUUCAUAUACCAAUCAUCUUCCUUGUCCUCUUAUCGCCAAGUUUGAAAAGAGCACAUGUUCCACUUAUUCUAAUCCCAUUGGUGGUCACUGCCUCAACACUCAUCUUCACCUUGUUAUCAAAUUUCUUAGUCAGACGCGCCAAAAAACGCGAGUCUAUGAGGAUCUCAAGGAUGUUGACGGAUGCCGCAGGAAGAGAAAGAGCGAAUGAAGAAGCCACUGCAAGAGCUUUAGUAGGUAUCCAAGGUAAAGGAUUUUGGGGUAGGAUAGUGGGUUUCUUAGGUGGUGUUGUUGGUUUAAUAGCUGGUUUAACAGGCUUGAUAUUAGUUCUUCUACUACUCAUCGAUUUAUCAAUCUCAGCAUAUGACGGUUCAUUACCUCUCCCAUCAUCUUUUUCCACUUUAGUUAAAGUCCAACCUUCUACUUCUCAGUGGCCAAUAAACAUCCAUUUAGCAUGUACUUCAUCGAAUUCAUCGUUACCAACAAUCGUUUACACUUCAUCUUCAGGAGUUCCAGGAUCCAUAGCUCUGUUGCCUACACCAAUACCACCAGCAAAUGAAGACGCUGAAAAUCCAGGUAGAUGGUUGUUUGAUUUACAAGAACAAGGUAAAGUGGGUAGAGUAUGUACCUGGGAUAAACCAGGGUAUGGCUUUUCCGACGUUCUCUCAAACGCCGAUUUAGGUGGAAUCACAGAUUCACUAUGGCAAGCUUUAGAUAAUUCCGGUGUGAUCAAAGAAAGUGAGAAAGGUUUAAUGUUAGUCGGCGAAGGUUAUGGAGGACUGGUCUCAAGGAUAUUCGCUGCUAGACAUCCUGAAACGGUUCAUUCAUUCCUGCAUUUGGAUGCUCAAACAGCUUCUACAUAUUUCUCAGAUCCAUCGACUUCACAAUUCUUAUCAAGAAUAACGUCAAGAUUAUUCCCAUCACUCUUGACUCCGUUAUCACUAAAUCGACUUCCAUCUGUGCUGCUUCGAAGAUCCACAUCCCUCUCAAGGAUACUAGCUUCUUCCAGACCUACUCCAUCUACUGUAAGACUGAACGAAAAGUUACGCAAAGCUAGAUUACAAGAGACAAUGGGAAACCAAUCCAGGACAUCAUUGAGUUUUAGGACAUUGUUAGAAUCAGGAUAUAAGUAUCCUUCAACAAAGCCUGCUAUCAUUCUAAGUUCCAAAAAUAGAAUGACCAAAGAUGAAUCAUGGUCAGAAGGUCAAAGAGUCCUAGCUGAAGAAGUAACUUCAGAAGAAGGUUUAGUGGAUUGGUUACAAAUUGAAGACGUAGAUCAUUUUGUUUGUGAGGGUUCAGGAAAACAAGUUUGCGAACAUUCAAUCAAGAAAUUGCUAAGGAAGUAG